GCUGCUCUUGCGUGGUGUCGGCUCGUGUGCAUGCUAAACUUAUGCUAACCAGCGUCUAACUUUGCUGACCUCCAUGUAACAUUUUCCAAUUAAUUUCUGUAACAUCGGUUGUACAGAGGAAUCGUCGCCACAAUGAGUAUACCCGCCAAAAUAGCGGAGAUCGAAAGUGAGAUGGCCAGGACUCAGAGGAACAAGGCCACAGCUCACCACUUGGGUCUGCUCAAAGCUCGUAUUGCCAAACUUCGGAGGGAACUCAUCACACCCAAAGGAGGCCCUGGUUCUGCAACAGGAGAUGGUUUUGAUGUUGCAAAAACUGGUGAUGCUCGAAUCGGCUUCGUCGGUUUUCCUUCCGUGGGGAAGUCAACCCUGCUCAGUAACCUUGCAGGUGUAUACUCUGAGGUUGCCGCCUACGAGUUCACCACUCUUACAACGGUACCCGGAGUCAUUCGCUACAAAGGGGCCAAAAUCCAGCUUCUGGAUCUCCCUGGAAUCAUUGAGGGUGCCAAGGAUGGCAAGGGCAGAGGCAGGCAGGUCAUUGCAGUGGCGCGAACUUGCAACCUAAUCCUGAUAGUGCUCGAUGUUUUGAAGCCUCUUGGUCAUAAGAAUAUAAUAGAACGUGAGUUGGAGGGCUUUGGCAUCCGACUUAACAAGCAGCCACCCAACAUUGGCUACAAGAGGAAGGACAAAGGAGGAAUCAACUUCACAGCUACAUGUGCACAAACUGAACUAGAUGGUGAGACUGUUAAGAGUAUCCUGGCAGAGUACAAGAUCCACAACGCCGACAUCACUCUGCGCAGUGACUCCACAGCUGAUGACCUCAUUGAUAUGGUGGAGGGAAAUCGGGUCUACGUCCCGUGCAUCUAUGUGCUCAACAAAAUCGAUCAGAUCUCCAUCGAGGAGCUUGACAUCAUCUACAAGGUGCCCCACUGUGUGCCCAUCUCAGCCCACCACCGCUGGAACUUUGAUGACCUGCUGGAGAGGAUGUGGGACUACCUACAGCUUGUGCGCAUCUACACCAAACCCAAAGGCCAGCUUCCUGAUUACACUUCUCCUGUGGUACUCCCUGAUGACCAUACUACUGUCGAGGAUUUCUGCUUGAAGAUUCACAAAAAUCUCAUCAAAGAACUCAAGUAUGCACUUGUGUGGGGAUCAUCUGUGAAACACAACCCUCAAAAGGUGGGCAAGGACCAUGUGAUGGAGGAUGAAGAUGUCAUCCAGCUGGUGAAGAAGUAAAGAGCCGUAGUCGACUGCAUGGCCGUGUGCACGACAGCUGCUCAGCAAAUCACCAAAUAUAUCCAGAAGAGCGUCUGCGUCACGCCCUUGGCAGUUCUUUGUUGAAAUUUAAAAAGCAAUUGACGUGAGUGCAAGUGUCGCUUUUAAAAGAUCCCACUUUACUUGGCACCAUGAAUAGAACCCACAUUACUUACCACCAUGAAUAGUUCAUAUUGAAUAUUGGUCACGGCUUGCAUUGAAAUAAAAAUGUAAAAAUCAA